CCUCUUCCUCCUCCUCCUCCUCCACUGAAGGCUGUUUACAGAAAACAGCUCCUUUGACAAAAACACGGGCUGGGACCCAAAGGAGAGCAGCAGUGUGUUCAAUGCACAGGCUCUCUCUUCAUUCUUCCUUUUUGUUGUUGUUGUUCUUUUAAACGAUAACACGUCAUGUCGUCAGUAAAGUCAGCUGGUCAGCAGCUGCUGCAGAUGUUUUUGUCGCUGCAUGUUGUUUUCCUCAGCGUGGCCAUCGUGGCAUCAAAUGCAGAUCAAACAGACUGUGUGACACAUAGAGGUUUGGGCUACAGAGGAGAAGAGCAGAAAUCUUCCACAGGCCUGAUCUGCCUGAACUGGACCAAUACUACCAGAGACUAUGACGAUGGAGUUCAUCCAGAUUCACAGACAGGUGUUGGGGAUCAUAAUUACUGCAGAAACCCGGACGCCUCGGAGAUUCCUUGGUGCUACAUUACAGCUCCAGAUGGGACGAUCCAGAGGCAGUUCUGCACAGUUGAGGCGUGCAAAG